AUGACCAUUCGAUCAGUCGUUUCCCUCCCGAAGGCCCCUCGCCUCUGCGCGCCAACGGCCCGACGCUGGCCGUCCAUGGCCCGGACCUUUUCCACAACAUCCCACCGCGAUGCGACAUGGGGAUUUAUCGGAUUAGGACAGAUGGGCUACAACAUGGCCAAGAACCUACGAGCCAAGAUCCCCAUAUCUGACACGCUGAUCGUGCGCGACGUCAACGAGGAGACCAUAAAGCGCUUUGUCGCCGAGAACCAGGAGGCCCGGCGAAGUAGCGGCACCAGCCCCGAUCAAGGCAAAGUCGAAAUUGCCGAAAGCGCCCGUGAAGUUGCCGAAAAGUCUACUGUUACAAUUACCAGCCUUCCGGAGUCCCAGCAUGUCAUCAAUGUGUUUCAUUCUGUCCUCAAAGACGGCGCUCUUCCGUCGCUCAAGGACGAGCGGCUCUUUAUUGACACGUCCACAAUUGACCCCGUUACGUCCAAAGAUAUUGCCAAUGCCAUUCACAAUACCCAAGCUGGUCGCUUCGUGGAUGCUCCCGUGUCGGGCGGCGUCGUCGGCGCGCGAGCUGGCACCCUUUCGUUCAUGUUUGGCGCAUCAUCGCAGUCUGACCAGCUGAUCGAGCGUGUCCGUAGUGUCUUGUCGCUAAUGGGCAAGAAGGCAUGGCACCUCGGUGACCCUGGCUCGGGUGUCUCCGGUAAACUGGCCAACAAUUAUCUUCUCGCCAUUAAUAACAUAGCUACCGCCGAGGCAAUGAACCUCGGUGUACGCUGGGGACUGGACCCCAAGGCACUAGCCCAGAUGAUCAAUUCCUCCACUGGCCGAUGCUGGCCAUCGGAGGUUAACAACCCGGUUCCCGGUGUGGUCGAAACAGCUCCGGCUUCGCGCAAUUACGAGGGUGGGUUCGGUGUCAGUCUGAUGCACAAAGAUCUGCGACUGGCCCUCGAGGCUGCAGAGAAGUCUAGCACUUCUCUUUACUUGGGCGGCCAAGCGCGCGAUGUGUAUCGUGCGGUGGAAGAUGCACAUCGGGGCAAGGACUUUUCAGUAGUUUAUCAAUGGCUGCAGGACAAGUCCGAGUGA